UCAUGUGCAUUUGUGGAAUUUGACUCUCAAAAAUCCUACCAGCAAGCUCUCAGUAAAAAAAUUAUUGAGGUUCCAAAUUUUGGGACUGUUACUGUUGAAGAAAGAAGACCACCAAGAGAGGAGGGAGGCGGUGGACGUCGUCGUGAUUAUUACCCACGUAAUAAUUAUAAUGCGUCACAUAAUCCUCAUAACGGUAACGGUAUAAACUCACAACGUGGAAGUGGAAAUAGAGGUAUGGAUAGACGCAAUACUGGUCCUCGUCAUCCUUCCACCAAAUCUUAUUCAUAA